CAUAUGCUCAACCCUCAGAACACUAAUCAUCUUUGGUUGCUUCACACACUUUUCCUUGAUAAUAUCAAUCAGGAUUGCUUUGACUUUCAGGCGGAGUGGAACUGCCAUCCAAUAUGGGGUCCUGACACGAACGACAACAACCUUAAUUUUAUCCAAGACCUGUGGUUCCUGGGUCAAACACUAUUCAGCAUGUAUCAUGACAAUUGCGAGGGUGUUCACCCCAACAUAAUUGCAGAGUACUAUGGUAUUCAUGGUUGCCCUGCAUCCCGACAACCACACCAAACUGGUGCAGGACAUCCUGCUGGUGAAGAAGACAAUGUGGAUGACCCAUCAUCCAACAUUAUUGAGUCAGUCAAUGAUCAGCAAUGGUGGUAUGUCCAUCAUGAAGCUGUCGGAGUUCCUUCGCAUAGGAUCACUUUUGGGACUGACAAAGAAACACAAGAACAAUUUUUUGCUGUUCUUGCCGAAGUUAUCACGAAGCAAAUCACACCAGCGCAUUGUCGACUGACACCAGAUGAAUGGGAAGGUGAAGUAUAUCCUGUUUUUGAGACUAUAUGUGCUGGUCAGCGAGGUUCAAAAGAGCUUCAAGUCUCCCUUACAGAGCCAAUUUGGUUUCAUAGAGUGAAAUUAUGGUGUCAAGCCUUACUAGUGCUGACUACAUUUUUAGCCAAUAGGGAGUAG